AUGCCACACGAGGACCAUAAAAAGUACAAGGUUCAGCGUGAGGACCUGCCGGCAAUGCCUCACUUCAGUGAUUUCAGUGAACCGCGCUUCUGUGGGACAAUCAACAAGCAGAAGAACGGGAUUCUGGCCUACUACCAGUGGCUGCAUUGCAUCGGGAACUGGGGUGAGGAGCACUCCAUGUGCAAGAAGAUGCGUUGGUAUGUCGAGCGCAUGAUGCACGAGACGUGGCUGGAGAAGUGGGAGGAGAAGCGUGCUCUCGGUCACUUUGACCACACCGUUCUCUACGGUGUGAAGCCGUGGAAGGAGUUUGAGCCGCUUUACCAACCGGUGAAGAAAAACCGCAAGGGUGCGUACGAAUUCUGGCUAGACCGCGACUUUGAGCCUCUGUACGAUGUCGACGCGGCGGACUGGCGCGAGAAGGCGCCGAUCCUUCACGACAUGUUCGUGCUGGGCAAGAAACCCGUGUCGGAGUAA